UCCCAUUGUCCUGCAUGUCCGUGUGCUUCGUGGUAUAAAAGCUAUUGCGGCGGUAAGGACUACCAGCAUCGUGCAAAAAGUUGAUGCAUCAAGAUCGGCAAGAUCGGUGGAAGUGAACCGCUUAAUUAUCUGGAUUUUCCGUCGAAGAUCGCUAAAGCACGAAAAAAAUCGUAUUUCCUGGAGGAUUUCUAAAGAGACGAAUGAUCAGAGUCGAAAAAGCAUCGUCACGAAAAAACUCGGAUUAAGAUCAAAGCGAGAAUGGUCAACUACAUUAGUUUUGUUCUAAUUGCGAUGGCGUCGGUCGCGAUAGCAGAGUCGAGGGUGAUUCCGACUGAGCCUAUUUCUGUGACGCUGGAUACUUACGGCAAUCCUGUGAUGUUCUUGAGAGAAAAGAGGACAGCCGUGCGUCCUUAUCCACACAGGACAAUGAUGUUCACCGGUUACUACAGACCGAUACGUCGCACGAAUAACAGUGGCCAGGCAACAGGCGUUUUCGCACAAGGAAAUGCUGUGAGUGGCGAAGCUUUCUUCGGUGGUAUGCACACGCCGCAUCUCAAAGGUGGCCCGGAACCAACCGAGGAAUCGGAAGUGUCCAGCGCCGAGGCACAGGCGGCGCCGGCGCCUGAAGAGCAGGAACGCGAAUAUCAUCACCAUCGAAACGAGGUGCAUCGUCAUGAAGAGGAGUAUCACGAGCACGAUGAGGAGGAACAGCUUCAUCCCGACGAUCCUCAUUAUCAUUACCAUCAUCAGGAUUCUUUGACCCCUCAGGGGCAUCACGAAUUGGAGCAGAUUCCGUUAACUACAGAGAUUGCACAACCGACGGAAAAGCCAUUUACCACGGAGGCGUCCCGACCAAAGAUGCAUCAUACCAAGAAAACGCAUAAGACACCCGUAACUAUCAACGCUGACGAUGAUGACGAUGAGGAUGAAGUGGAUGAAGAAGACGAUGAACCGGUUGUGCCGUUCGUACCUUUUAAGGGCAACAGACGCCGUCAGAAAUAUCCUCAUUUGAACAACUUCUUCCCUAUGGUCUUCAGCUUCCCAAGACUGGCUACUCGCGCUGGAUCUUCCGGAUCUGUUCCUGGUGCUAUCACUGCCAUUGCAAAUAGUUACUCUACAGGAAAAGGCGGAGUUGCCAGCUCAGUAGCUACUGCUUAUGGCGGAUCUCCAACUGGACGAUCUACCAAGCGAUACCAAGGAUUGCUGGACUUGUCACGAAAUGACGUUCCACUGAGUAAAGGACGGAAGUCAUUCCAGGGACACAGCGCCAGCGGCAUCAUCAACUCCACAACGACAAAAGAGACUCAUUCUGUUCGUGCUAAUGAUAUGCGGCCGAUUCGACGCGGUCCAAACUGCCUGUUUCGUAUCUGCGUAAACGCGCGUCGUUGGGAUAUCCCGGAACAUAUGAACGGGUUCCUUGCAGUAGCAUUACCAGCACCGCAAUUUCAAGGUUCUCAUUCAGAUCUUCAAUGGAUAGUCAGAACAGCUGAGCCGGAGCCCGCUCGUCUUAAACGUACCGCGUACCGUGGAUAUGGCGGUGGUUACGGUCACGGAUACGGUCGCGGAUUCGGCGGAUAUGGCGGUUUUCGAGGUCAUCAUGGUCAUCAUCAUGGUUACGGAGGACACCGAGGAUACGGACAUCACGGUGGUUACGGAUGCAGAGGAGGAUGCGGAGGAUACGGUGGCGGAUUCGCCAAUAGCGCAGCCAAUGCAGAAAAUUCAAUGGAGAUAUGGACGAUGAAGGACUUGAAAAAACGGCAACUGCUCAUUGAGAAUGGACAUCAUAGUUACGCGAACAAUCGAAAAAUGAAAAUGAAGUUCUUCGUAAUUAUAUUUACUGCCUUCGCGAUUGAAGCGCAGUGCCGCUCGCUCACACUUUCAAACGUGAGGGAAGCAGACGAGACAAUUCCCGUAAAUACGCCGAAGCAACUAAAAGAACUAAUUGCAGCGUACGAGGAAAACUUCGGAAAGCUCAUCAAUUUUGCCAUAAAAAUAAGUGACAAUAAGGACAACAAUAAACGCGAGAUACAAUUUUUAAAGCAUAAAUUUUUAAGCUCGAUUAUCGGACAACUUGUCCAAGAGCAAUCGAGAGUUAUGCACGCCAAACUUAACAAUACAGACUCUAUCUUGCAGACAUUAAAUAAAGUUAAUAACGUAAAAGAUCUAAUCAAUACUAUAAAGGAGAUUGAUAUUGUCUAUCAGGAUGAGGAGAUUACUGAUGAGCACGUUCGAAUUAAACGAGCUGCGACUUUAACAACAUCAGAAGAACGGAUGACUAAUAUGCUGAUUGAUAUUCAACGUCAAGUGGUGCAAAUUCGAAAAUAUUUAGAUAAGUUAUGCAAGGUGGAACUGGAUAGUCUCUGCAAACUUUACAAGAAAUUGACUACCAAUUCCAGCCAACAACAAGAUGGGAGAUCGAUAUCUAUCGGCAGAAGGCCACAAUCGAGGCCAGCUGUCGAGAGAAUCGACAGAACUAUUUUUCGAGAACUCCUUCACAACACGUUUCACGUAAUCACCGAGGACAUUUUGGUAGAGCGCUUGUUUUGCUGUUGGGAUCGAGAGAUCGAAGGUGCUAUCAGACUUGAACCGUGGAUCAUGGGACUAGACGUGUUCUUGCGAGGUAGUCUGCGUGACAAAAUCGUUUUCUGCUUUCACGUGUACGAUCUAAACAACGACGGAUACAUCACAAAGGACGAAAUCUUUCAGCUGCUCAAAAAUUGCCUGAUAAAGCAACCCGGUGAAGAAGAUCCAGACGAAGGAGUGAAAGAUCUGUCGGAGCUGGCCUUGAAGAAACUCGACAUCGAUCACGAUGGAAAAAUAUCAUUUCGAGAUUACGAGACAGCAGUUAUAGAAGAACCGUUAUUAUUAGAAGCGUUCGGACAGUGUCUGCCUACUGAUGAAAGCUGCGCAGAUUUCUUGGCGACUCUUCAACCCUGAAAAUAUACACAAAAUUAUAGUAGACGUAGUUAUAGUAGACGUUUUACACAAUAAACGUUCUUUCAAUAAGAGAUAUUUUUAGCAAUCGAUAUCCUCAUGAUAUGAGGAUUAUACCCAUAUUAUCCCUCUAAAACUUUUUACUC